GUACCAAUAGGAAGGCGAUCGGCCUAGGAACUUGGAGUCAUACUAUAUUAUGGCAUCGUCCGCCCCUCCUUCGUUGCCUGGAGAGUACAUACGUCUUUAUGACCUUCCCGCUCCAUCAACACUACCCACAGAGCUACGUGGUAAAGUGCUUUUUACUAGGAAUAAUUUUGUUCACGGGCAGCCUGGUGGCGGUGACAGCGGCUCAAAGCCUGGCCCAAGUGGUGGGCAACAUGCCAGCGGCAAUGAGCUGCUCAGGACCACUGGAAAUGCAGGGGGCAGGGGAGCCGGGACGGGGUUCAACUUCUCGAAAGCACUGAAGGGGGCUCUCGAUGGAGCCGGCUCCAGCGUUCACGGCCGGGGGGACGGCAAGUUUGCAGAUGGGCGAGACUUCGCCGUCAGUGAUGCCCCGGGCGGACGAGCCAAGUUCGUACACCUGACGCCGGACGCACUGGCCCCUGACAACGCUGACAAAACGCUACAGGAGCUAGAUCGGUUGCAGCAGCUUGCUAAGCCAGUCCCUAAGCCCUCCACCUCUUCCACGACAGCUGCCCCCACUGCACAGUCGCGGUCAACGCAGCUAAAGAACGCUGCGGCUCUGGCUGCGGCGGCGAAGGUACUGUAUGACAUAAGCGAUGACGACGCGGCCACCACCAGCGGUACCUAUACAGCUGCUGCCGCAAGUGCUGUUGCUGCUGGUCAUGCAACACCCGCAGCAGCAGCCACGCCAUCAGCUACUGCUGCGGCAACGGACACCGGAGCCUUACGAGUACCGGAGUACAGCUUGCGAGAAAUUGCAUCGUCAGACGGGCCCAUGGGUCAGGGCCAAGCUGGAUCCCAAGGCCAACUGGAGGUCUCGGUGCUGCUGCCGGACGUAGUGUCGCCGUCGGAGGUGGACGUAUGGCUGGGUGGCAGCGGCUGCGAGCUCCAGGUGGCAGUGAGCGGCAAGUACCACUUGAAGUUGGCUUUGCCAUGCCGUGUGCUGGACGACACGUCGAAGGCGAAGUGGAGCAAGGUAAAGCGGCGCCUGACGCUGACGUUGACCAAGGAUACUAGGGGGCGAUGACUCACGGGCGGGGGCGGGCUUUGGGGGUGAGGGUCAGAGCAAGGACAGAGCGAGAUUGCGUUCUGCAAUUGAGCGCUUGUUGCAUGUUGGUGGAUGAGAGGCUGUCAUUUGUGGGGAAAUGGGCAGAAAUGUUAUCGGUCCAGCGUAUGGAUGGGAAAUGUGAUAAUCACCUUGCUAUGGCGCGGGGAAGGCGUUCCUCGAUACGUUACAGUGUACUAAGAAUGCCGCAACGUGAUGAGGGUCGUUAUGUUAACACCAGCAGAACGCAAUGUGCGUGCACGCUGUGAUGGUCCGUACGCCUUGUUGUCAGUAGCGCGCCCGUUGGCCACAGGCCAACUGAACCGCAUGGUGCCCAUCUUAUUGCACGUCAACUGACAGACAAACCAAGUCUCGAAGAAUUAAAACGUCCAAACACAUCCGGUCUGACACAUUGUUUCAUAAGCCGAACCGCCUCAUCCAACCACCAGAUUCCGCCAAGCAGCGCUGUAAGCAGCGUCAAGGCAUAAUACACACAGAACACCUCACAUACACACGACCCGUACGAAACCUCGACACUCCACCCGAUUCCCGUUUAAGCAGAGUGCGCCCUGAAGACUGCGCACAAGCGCUUUGGCUCAAGGGUCGGAGACAACUACGCCGCCCGCCGCUGUGAGAAAGUUCGAUAGCCAGUUUCAUGGCCCACCAACCCAAAGCCUGUUCCGGCGCGCAAAAGAGACGCGCUGACGCAGGCGCCACAUACACAACAAAAUCUACACACCGAAAUCAACCAAGCCCCAUCCUGUCAACCCAAAUAUAGCUCGCGGCCAACCAGUAUGCUGCUGCAGGUCGCGAUCAUCCACACAUCCCACCGAUACUUCACACCCACCGUCGCCCAGGAAGCCCAGAACCAUACAAGGCAGGGUUCUUCAUCAUUCACGCUGCCGCAAAUUGGCGGGCCACA